AUGGCUACCCCUAGUGUCCUAGCUUUUGACGCUGAGGGUCGCGCCAUUGAUUUCGAGGUCUGGUUAGACGACCUGCAGCUGUUCUUACAGUGCGACAGGGCUGACGGCCUUUCUCUCUUUGACCUCACCUCUGGCGCCUCUCCUGCUCCUGCUGCUGAUGCUGAUCCCAGUGUCCGCUCUCAGUGGGCCACCCGCGAUGCUGCUGCACGUCUUGCUGUGCGUCGCCACCUCCCUACCUCUGAGCGUGCGCACUUUAGUCAGUACAAGAGUGCUCAGACCUUGUACGACGCUGUGGUUGCGCGCUACUCCUCCCCUGCCACUGCUGCACUGAGCCGUCUCAUGCUUCCCUACCUCUUUCCUGACCUCUCUGCCUUUCCCACUGUCGCUGAUCUCAUUACGCACCUCCGCACUAGUGACACUCGCUACCGCGCCGCCCUUCCUGCUGAGUUCUGCGCUAAGAACCUACCCCUCAUGUACAUCGCUCUCUACUACGUAGUCGCGCGCCUCCCUGACUCCCUUCGCGUCGUCAGGGACCACUUUCUCGCAGUCUGUCCCACCACCCUCACCGUCGACCUCCUCGAGAAGGCCCUCCUCGCAGCGGAGAAGAGCAUAGUCGCUGUAGGUGCUUCUCGUGGUGACCCUCGCACCCCCAUCUUUGAGGGGUGCUCUCCUUCCCCCUUGCUGCCCUCUGUUGCCUCUGCUGCUGCUGCCGACCUGCUUGGUCUUGAGUCGGUCGGCGCGGCGUCUGCCCCUAGUGGGAGACGUUGCUCCAACAAGGGCAAGGGGGGCAAGGGCGCGGGUGGAGCUGGAGGGGGCGGUGGCGGUGGUGGCGGUGGCGGCGGAGGGAGUGGGGGUGGCGGCGGGACUAGUGGCGGGGGUGGUGGUGGUGGUGGUGGCAGCAGCGGCGGAGACGGUGGUAGUGGUGCCAGCGGUGGAGGUGGAGGCAGCGGCGGAGGUGGAGGCGGCGGAGGUGGAGGCGGUGGAGGCGGCAGCGGAGGAGGCAGUGGUGGUGGAGGAGGUGGAGCUGGUCGGGGUGGUACCCAGCAGCGUAGCGGCAGUGGUGGUGGCCAGCGCUCGCAGCGGCAGCAGCAGCAGCGCUCGCGGGACAUCCCUCCGCCUCAGCAGCUUCGUGAGUGGUACGCUGGGCGUCAGAGGGGUGGGGGUACUGGUCCCUGCACCUACGUUCUUCGUUCCGGCGACCGCGCGGGUGAGCAGUGUGGGGGUGCCCACGCUGCCCAGCGCUGCUUUGGCCGCCUGACGGACGCUUGGCGUUGGCAGUUCCCUGGGGCUACUGAGAUCCCUCGCUGGGAUGAGCUUCUUAGGGCUGGUGUAGCGAUCUUUGAUCUUGAUUUUGAUGCCAUCCUUGCUGCUAUGUAUGCUGUGACUUAUAGUGAGGAGAAUGAGGGUUACCGGUGUUUCCAGCCCAACCCGGGCAUUGGUACUGCUGCGCUAGGUGCUUGUGAGGCUGCUGCUCUAGGUGCCAGUGCGUCUGUGCUCUCAGGUACUGGUGAGACUGCGCUCUCAGGUACUGCGUCGUCCUCGUCCUCCCUCACUUUCACACUUGACUCCGGGGCUUCUCGCUCCUUCUUUCGAGACCGCACUACCCUUACGCCGCUCGACCGGCCGGUUGCAGUCUCCCUUGCUGACCCCUCUGGGGGUUCUGUCCUGUCUCACUUCUCCACUGUCCUCCCGUGUCCGGCUGCUCCUUCGGGCACCCUGUCUGGUCUGUACCUUCCCUCGUUCUCUACAAACUUGGUGAGUGGCGCGGACCUGCAGGAUGUGGGGGUUCACCACUUCACUCCUGCGAGUCAGCAGGUGACCCACUGCACGGAGGCACGCACAGGCCGACACCUGGCCACGUUCUCGCGUCGGCCGGGGUCGAGUCUCUACACCCUGACCGUUGAGUCUCCUCCUGUCCUUGCGUCUGGUCAGGUGGCUGCGUCAGGUCAGGUGCUUGCUGCUGCGUCCCGGUCAGGUCCUGAGUCUGCCCCCUGUUCUUGUCACCUUCUGUCUCACGAGACUCUCCUGUGGCACCACCGUCUUGGCCACCCCUCCUUGCCCCGUCUUCGGAGCAUGGCUUCCCGUGUCCUUGUCUCUGGUCUUCCCCAGUCUCUCCCUCCUCUCCCCUCCGGGCCAGGACCUUCCUGUGUCCCUUGUGUUGAGGGUCGCCUCCGGGCUACUCCUCACUCCUCCCACUUCCCCCCGACAGAGGCUCCCCUGCAGACGCUUCACAUGGAUGUGUGGGGCCCAGCCCCCGUCCGUGGGCAGGGUCACGAGCGCUACUUCCUGUUGGUGGUUGACGACUACUCGCGUUACACCACAGUCCUCCCCCUGCGCAGCAAGGGUGCGGUCACUGAGGUGCUGAUCGACUGGAUCCGCGAGGCUCGUCUCCAGCUCAGGAAGAGCUUCGGCUCUCACUUCCCUGUUCUGCGUCUGCACUCGGACAGAGGCGGAGAGUUCUCUUCUCGCCUUCUACGAGACUAUUGUCGUGCACGGGGGAUCCGCCUGACCUUCACGCUUCCGGACUCACCACAGCGAAAUGGGAUUGCUGAGCGCCGCAUUGGCAUGGUCAUGGAUGUCGCUCGUACGUCCAUGAUGCAUGCGGCUGCCCCCCAUUUUCUGUGGCCGUUUGCGGUGAGGUACGCGGCGCAUCAGCUCAACCUUCACCCCCGGGUCUCUCGGCCUGCGAUGUCCCCAGCCUUGCUGUGGACGGGGAAGGUUGGCGAUGCGUCUGUGUUCCGUGUCUGGGGAUCUCGGGCGUUUGUCCGCGACUUGUCUGCGGACAAGCUGUCCCCUCGUGCCGCUCCCUGUGUCUUCCUUGGCUUCCCCACUGACGCCCCAGGGUGGCAGUUUUACCACCCCUCCUCUCGUCGUGUUCUGUCCUCCCAGGACGUCACGUUCGACGAGUCAGUCCCCUUCUACCGUCUCUUCCCCUACCGCACUCCUUCCCUCCCCCCUCCCCCGGACUUCCUUGUGCCGGUUCCCCCCCCGGUAGACCCCCUCCCCCCUCAGGUUCCUGCCCCCUCAGGUGUGUCCCAGGUAGACGCCGUUGACCCGGUCGAGGUUACUAGUGACUCUGGUGCUGCUGCGGGUGCUGAGCCUGGGGGUGCUGACUCUGGGGGUGCUGUGCGCGGGGGUGCUGAGCCUGGGGGUGCUACUGCUGGGGGUGCUGGGCCUGAGGGUGCUGUUGCGGAGGGUGCGGAGCCUGGGGGUGCUGAGCCGGGGGGUGCUGUGCCUGGAGGUACUGGGUCUGGGGGUGCUGGGUCGGGAGCUGCUGAGCCUGGGGGUGCUGAGUUGGGAGCUGCUGAGCCUGGGGGUGCUGCGUCUGGAGCUGCUGAGCCUGGGGUUUCUCCUACUGCUGCGUCUCGCCGGGAGCCCCUCUCUCCACAGGAGCUGCGCGAGUGGUUCGCUCGCCGCUGGAGGCGUGCUGCUGAGUCUGGAGGUGCUGCUGGAGCUGGAGCUGGAGCUUCUUCGACCGUCGAGGGUGCGUGUGCUGCCAGUCCCGGAGCUGCUGGACCUGCGGGUCCUCCUGGAGCCGGAGCUGCUGAGGGCGUUGGUGCUGAGCCUACUGCUGUUGGUCCUGCCGCUGGAGGUGUGGGUGGCGCUGGUGCUGUCGCUGAGGGUGCUGGUGCUGUCCCUGCUGAGUCUGGAGCUGCCGCGCGGCCUCGGCCGUACUUCGUUCCGCUCCUGCAGCAGCGCCGUGAGCCUGCGUCUCGUCCCGCGUCGCCUGUUCGUGAUGCUCGCGCUAGUGGUCGCAGUUCGCGUCAGCGUCCUCCUCCUGUCCCUGGCACGCACCGGAUGUCUCUGCGUCCGUCCACUGCUCCUCUGCGUGCCCCUUUGCCUUCUCCUCCUGAGUCCUCUCUUCCUGCGCUUGCCGACCCGGAGUCGGACUCUCUUCGUGCUGCCAGUCCUACUGUCACGCGUCUGCUUGCUAGUGUCGUCACUGACCCCUCUUUUGAGUCCACUGCUGCGUCUGCUCUAGUCGCUGAGCUCGUCGACUUUGCUGCUCGCUGUCGUCUCGACUACGCUGCUAGUCUUGUUGCUGAGUCUGCGUCUGUCUGUCCUCCGUCCGUCGGGGGUGAGUGUGCUCUUGGCACGGACGUCCUUGAGGACAGGCAGGAGGAGUUACAGUGUCUAGCGGCUGCUUCACCUCAUCUCGCGUCUUGGCAGGCAGCUAUGGAUGCAGAGAUGGCUUCCUGGAAGUCAACAGGCACCUACGUUGACGCGGUUCCCCCUCCCGGGGCGAACAUCGUCAGUGGCAUGUGGAUCUUCAGGGUGAAGCGGCCGCCGGGCUCUCCACCUGUCUUCAAGGCACGGUACGUCGCUCGUGGCUUCAGUCAGCGGCAGGGAGUUGACUACUUUCAGACCUUCUCUCCCACCCCGAAGAUGACUACUCUUCGGGUGCUGCUGCACAUAGCCGCUCAGCGCGACUACGAGCUUCACUCUCUCGACUUCAGCACUGCGUUCUUGCAGGGUAGCCUGCACGAGGAGAUCUGGCUUCGCCGUUCACCUGGCUUCACUUGGACUUUCCCUCCUGGCACCCAGUGGAGCCUCCGACGGCCAGUCUACGGUCUCCGCCAGGCACCGCGUGAGUGGCACGACACACUGAGGACUACGCUUGCGGCCCUUGGGUUUGCUCCUUCUACUGCUGACCCGUCGCUGUUUCUUCGCACCGACACUUCCAUGCUGCCGUUCUACAUCCUCGUGUACGUCGACGACUUGGUCUUUGCCACAGCGGACACUGCUGGACUCGCCUACGUGAAGUCCGAGCUGCUGAAGAGACACACGUGCACAGACCUGGGUGAGCUGCGCAACUACCUUGGCUUGCAGAUCACUCGGGACAGAGCACGCCGCACCAUUACCUUGACUCAGUCACACAUGGUGCAGCAGGUCCUUCAGCGCUUCGGCUUCACGUACUCCUCGCCUCAGGCCACUCCUCUGCCUACUCGCCACUCACUCUCAGCUCUGCCUUCGGAUGAGUCCGUAGAGUCGAGUGGUCCGUCUGCAGAGCUUGUUGGCUGCCUCAUGUACCUGAUGACCUGCACACGACCUGACCUUGCAUACCCUCUUAGCAUUCUUGCACGCUAUGUUGCUCCUGGACACAGACCAGAGCACAUGGCUGCAGCGAAGAGGGUAUUGCGCUACCUGUGCAGUACGUCGGGCAUGGGGCUAGUGCUUGGAGGGCGGAGUCCAGUGGUCCUUACCGGCCACGCGGACGCUUCUUGGGCUGACGACCAGGCUACACAGCGGUCGUCACAGGGUUACACCUUCAGCCUUGGUUCCGGCUCUGUCUCGUGGCGGUCUACUCGCUCGUCUUCGGUUCUCGGCUCCAGUUGUGAGGCUGAGAUCUACGCCGGGGCCAUGGCUGCACAGGAGCUUUGCUGGCUCACCUACCUGCUGACUGACCUUGGAGAGCCGCCUCGUUCUCCUCCGGUGCUGUACGUAGACAACAAGGCCAUGCUGGCCUUGUGUCGAGAGCAGCUCUUGGAGCACAGAACGAAGCACAUUGCUCUCCGCUACUUCCUUGCUCGUGAGCUGCAGCAGCGUGGUUAG